UAGGGAACCCCGCGAUAGUCGUACUUCAAUAAUCCUCCGAACCCGUACAUUAAUUCCCGGAGCAAAAAUCGGAAUUUCGCUGCAUAAUAAAUUCGGAAGAUAAAAUAAAUAAAUAAAAAAACGCUGUGAACAUUGUGCAUGUAACGAGAAAAAUCUGUAACACCCACAUACGCGCGUUUUUGUUUCUCCCCAAAAAAAAGGAAAUUCAAAAUACCUUUUGAAAAACGUUUUCGAAUCAUGUCGUCCCACACGGGGAGAACUCAGUACAACGAUUACGAGGAAAGAAAUCAGAGAAUUCGGCACAGACCCGGAGGAGCGACAACGAGGGGACCGGCAGAUUCCACCGUUGCGUGUUCCAGUUCACAGUAUUACGUGAGUCCAAACAGUGACAUCAGCGAAGAGGAUCUAUCCGAACUUCCCUCCUGCGUAUACGCCGGAAGAUCUUCGUCCCAGCAACAGCAACAACAGCAACAUGUUGUCCACACCGGUCCAGCGGGACACCAGCAACACACUCAUCAACAUUCCCAUACGCAUUCACCAUUGCAUUAUCACAUACCGGUACAGUCCAGUGCAGAUCAUGGCGAGGCGGAUAUGAACGGGAUAACUGGUAUGAACGGUAUGAACGGAAUGAACGGAAUGAAUUCAAUGAACGGGGGCGUUGAGGAGGGUUAUUACCCGAACGGAAGUCCUUACAGGAUUCAAAGGCACGCAGCAAAUAUACGGGAAAGAAAACGUAUGCUCAGCAGCAUCAACUCGGCUUUCGACGAACUGAGGGUCCACGUGCCAACGUUUCCAUACGAAAAAAGAUUGUCAAAAAUCGACACCCUCCGACUCGCAAUUGCCUACAUUGCACUCCUUAGGGAAGUACUGGCCGCCAGAUUAGACCCUCUUACAUACGUAGAGCGAUGCCUUCGGGGAGAAAUUAGCGGCGAAAGAGCCGAAUGGAAUACAAGUGAUCUGACGGCACGACUUUCCUGGAUAAAUUGGGAAAAUUUAGGCGUCAAUCCAAACCGGCGUUCCGUUUUAACAACUCUAGCCCUAACUACCGAUAACAUGAAUUGAGAUAUGUAUUGCAGAGUUGAAGUUUAUGGAAACUAUCGUACACAUGAAUGAGUUACGUGUAGUUUAAGCUCUAUAGUUAAGCUUGGGGCUUCCUUGGAUGUAAAUAUUUUCAGACAGCAGUUGUAUAGAAUCUCAAACGUCACCACCCGAGUGAAUAGUAACUGAAAUGUUCAACGUGUAAUGUAAUAUUAUGUAUUUAAACAAUGUAUAGUACAGACUAUGUGCAAUACUAAUAUAUUAUGAAAAAAUAUAAAUUGCACAUACAGCGCACACAUAAAAACCACAAAGACGGAGAAAAAUAUUUUCGUGAAAUGCGAAGCGGUACGAUAUUAACAUUAUAUUGUGUGAUAUUUGUUUGAAAAUCCUUUCCCUGGAAGUUAAUUGAUUGAGAAACGAUUAUAACGUCGACUGAAGAUUUUAGAAAAUUAAAAUUUAAAAAAUCUGCAGUCAACGAUUAUCAGGAAAUAGUAACGAUCAUAUAUAUUUGCAAAAAGGACCGACUAGAGGACUCUGCUUCAUGGCACAUUUUGGAGCUUUCGAGCGCUGAAAAGAAGGCUUCGACCAACUGACUAAUUAGAAAACAAAUGAAAGAUGCCUCAUGGACUUUUGUCGAUUUUUAUCUGACGUCGCGUCAGUUUGAAGCACUUUAUCGACUAAUUUCUUACACUUAAAACACUAAUUGUUAGUUCAGCAAGAUUUAUUCCGAGCUAGUGUUCAAUCAGAGUGAUUAUUCUACCCGGAAACACGUGUGCUGCAUCUCAAAAAACAAGGUAC